CUUGAAAGUAUUCAAAAUAAUGUCCACAUGUCUUACUCACCGUUGUCGCGUUAAAUAAGUGUGUUGUCUCUAGCAUUGUCGGUCAUUUCUACGUCCACUAUGUUGAAUAAUUAUCAUGAUAUGGUUUCAAUUAGAGACUGAAAUUUAAGCUGCGACAUUAAAUGUUAAUUCAUGGUUUACAUUCUCUGAAAUCUUUCGAUUUCUUAGAAGGAGGAUUUAAUUAACUGCUGGUUUAAGUUUCUGCUAUGGAUCAGCUGGCUUCAUAUUCUGUGGUUAUAACCCAAUCAACUGAUAAAGGGCGAAUAAAGAGGGACAAUAAAGAAAUAAGAGGAACUUUCCGUUACGAAACAAAGAAAAAGUGAAUGGGAAACGCUCCCAGAAGCCUCCUUUUACUUUUUCAUGGAGAAGUAAUGUGAAACUUACUCUUUUGUCUUUCUACGUCCGAAACGUCGUUGAAUCGUCUAGUCUUCGUCGAAAUGCUCACCAAAUAGCCUACUUUUCGUCUAAGCACUCACCAACCUUUUUUUGCUUUGGCCUUGGUUACACGCUUUAUUUUCUACCUCCAACCUAACUCCGAAUGUCUCCUAUGUUCGCCUUUAUUUCCACAACAGACCAGAUGAGGACUACAAUUGACCUUAUUAAAAUAUUGUACAUGGUUAAAAAUAUUAGCAAUAAAUAACACUACAUUUCACUCCGGGAAAUAAUAACACAGAUGCUCAAGCACUGUUCGUUGUUUAUUCUCAUCGUAAGUACAAAGUCCUAGUGUCAUUUACAAAGAUCUGCGAAAGUAAUUAGAGGUAAUAAAUUAUUGUGUAAGAAUGUGUCCUAAUUGAUAAGUGUAUGUAAAAUCAAACAAACUUUCACAACAUACACUUCAUUAGUUCAAGAGUUCCACGUGCAAGUUAGGAAUCCGGUACAUGGUACCUAAAAGCUUUAUUGAACAUAAAAAGCAUUUCAAUAAUAACUUUUCUUAAACUUCAGUGUUACCAUUUUGAACUAAAAUAAUCUUCCUGUCAAUUUUGUAGUUGAAUAAACACAAAUUUACAACGAUAUCUAACUGCCAUAGUUUAUUAAACAACUAUCAAUCUAAAGUAUGACUUACGGUUACGUUCACUAAUAAGGAACACUGCAUUUUAGAACAGCAUUAAAGUUAUAACUUCAAAUUGGUACAUACAUGUCCUGGUUUUCUUCCGUGACGCUUUUGUAUUUCGUCUCUUACGUUGCGAAAGUACCCUUAAGUCACCUUGUCAUACAGUUUAGCUAGUUGUUUUUCUUUGACAGAUGUCGAUAAGAACAGCGAUUUUAGUGCAUCUAAUGAUUAGAAGGUAAAAAAUAUUCUGACUUUGUACGCUGCUAUAAAACUUGCACUUCUGAAGUACUCUUUGAUGUAGUGCCUAGUAUUGUGGAACGGCUGGCAUAUUCGAGUGUCAUGACGAAUAACAAAAUAUAACACGUAGACUUUUUCGAAUUAUUAUCCAUUAGCCGAGUCACCAUGGCCGUUUGGAAUGUAAAUGAAUAAUCCAAUGAAUUUAGUAGACUUACAGAUUUGUCCUUCAUAUCUUCUUACUAAACAAACGCAUUCAACGUUCACAGUUCCUCUUCAGAUGAAAAAGAGAACUGCAGACUUGAUAGUACGAUAUUAAGUUUCCGUAGUUCUUCACGACCAUCAAACUUAGACAUUGGUUGCACAAUGUUCGCACUCAAGUCUGAUAUAGCUGGUGAUAUAUUCUGCAGUAAAACAUGCAGUUUGCCAAAUCCUAAGCGUUUACUUCAAUCGAGCACGUGACUUUCCCGGCCGAAAACGCCCUGCCCACGCACUUCAACCUUGACGUUGUGGAGGGAGUCUCAUCCAGCUGCGUCGAACUAGUUUAUCAACAUUUUUAAAUAUAACGCCUACUUCGGAAUUGUUCAGAAAGCCAAAUUAAAAACAAUGAUAGAAACAAAUUCGGAAACCACAAUCUCUUCGAAGGAUAUAGAUUUGCGUAUAAAUUUGACCAACCCUGCUGAUAAUGAAAAGGGAUCACUUCACGCUUACCAGAAGAGAUGUCUGUCAUCCAACAAAGAUGUCGACUACCGAACUUACUUGCCACGAGUUCAAAUGGAAUCUAUACGGAAAGAAUACUGUCUUACUGGAAAUCCAUCAUUUAUUAAAACUUCGUGUGUUACCGCAUAUGAAUGUAAUCAGCCUUUCGUAGACAGAAAAUGGUAUUCUUCACAACAUAGUGAGCAGUCCUUAAAUCUGAAAACUAAUGGUUCUGCGCGAUCUAGUCCUAACAAUUCGCUACCUGAAAGGAAGUGGCAAGAUGAACAGUCCGAUUCGUUCAAUCUACCAACAAUUAAUGUCCCCGUUUAAAUUCUACUGCUCUUCUGCCUACCCCUUUCACAAAGCCAUUCAAGGCGUCUGAUAAUCCGUCUCAUUGUUAUCGUCAACAGAAUUCGACUUGAUGUUUGCAACAAUAGUGUAUGACAAAGACAGUAUGGAAAAGCCCAUAAAUAUAUUAUGCUUAAUAAUUCUAGAAUAAAUAACAAAUUUUUACUUUAACUCAGAGUACUCAGUUACAGCAAUCUUCCUAAUUUCAGUUGAGUACAGUUCGUUACAAUACUCUUAUAUGUACAUAUCAUUUUUGUGGAAAUAAAGUACAGGUGAUGUUUUCUAUUACUCUUUCCUCUAAAAAAUGCCCUCUGCCAAGUAUUUGUUGUUAUCAGCCAAAUUAGAAAUAGCUACAAAUAUUAUGCAUUAAUCUGAAUUCUAAUUUGGUUUACGUUCUGUUUUCUUGAAU